CCGAAGGUGAAGCGGGGCAGAUGGAAGGCAAAACACCCUAGACCACCCACGCCCUAAAGUGCCAGUGGGAUUCCGCAGCCACCUUGGCUCGCAGCGGAGUCGGACCGACCCUGGCUGGUCGGUGGAGGCGCGCGUCCGCGCCUCUGGCGGCAGUUCCCUGCCACCUUUGGCUGCCGGCGGUCCGUCAGGGUGCCCAGGGGAUGAAGUACAGGUUCGACCUCUACGUCAGGUACACCGUCGAGGUAGACCUUCCAGGCCACCUCGGCACGUACGAGGCCCUGCAGCGCCAGCUGAACACGACCUUCCAGCACAUCCUGCGGGAGUAUAUCCCCAACCUGGACGUGUACGGCUGUAGCGCGCCGCCUUCGGCCGCCUUCCAGCGUGGUCUAGCCGUACCCAUCCGCGGCGACGCCGACGUGCAGCAGUACUUGCAGUCCAAGGGGGACGGUCCCAUAUACGAGGUCCACCUCCCCGAGGCGAGCAUGGGCCUGGUUUCGGGAUACUAUACGCAGACGCUGCAGAACUACAACACGCAGGUCACCAGGCUGACGGACCAGAUCUCCCACUUGCGCCAGCAGGGGCAGGGUAUGCAGCAGGGCUUCACCCUGCUGCAGCAGGUGGCGCCUGUGCGUGACGAGCAGAUCAUCACUGUGGUCGAGAAGGCCGGCCAGGGGUUCGAUCCUGCCAUUACCGCGAUGCAGGGCAGCCCCGAGGACCAGUGGACGAACCAGCAGGGCCUGCGGCUUCUGACGCACUGGGGCCUCUCGUCGCGAGACCACAUGAUGCAGAUCCAGCACUCGAACGGAUUCCAGCCCAUCAUCGCGGCCAUGCAGCACUUCUCGGAGGACCCCAUGAUCCAGCAGUACGCGCAUCAUGUGAUCGCAGUGGCCGCGCAGUAUCCAGAGUGUUCCGCCGAGCUUCACCGGCUCGGGGCAGUGGAGCCUAUCAUCAGGAAUAUGAACCACUUCGCCAGCGACCCACGCAUUCAACAGUACGGUUGCUGGGCGCUCUACUCCCUGGCUGGCCAGUGUCCCGAGUGGCGCGAAGAUAUCGUUCAGAAGGGAGGGAUCUCUGCACUCAUCCAGGCCAUGCGGAAUUUUCCCCAGGACGCCAGCGUGAACCGCUACGCCCUCUCUGCGCUGCAGCCGUUGUGCUUCAACCCAGAGUUCGCGAAUGACAUCAUCCAGCUGGAUGGCGUGAAAGCGUGCGUCCAGGCCCUCUCGAGCCACGCUGGCGACCCGCAGGUGGUCUACCACGGCAUCGCCAUGGUGGCGGAGCUGGCGCAGCACGACGGGUGCCGGUCGCAGCUCGCCGACCUCGGCGUGAUACCCGUGAUCCUGCGGGCAAUGGAGGCCUACGCGGGCGACUACAACGUGCAGGAGUGCGGGCUCCGUUGCCUUGCGAUCCUCACCACCGACAAUCCCUCGAACCAGACUGUGCUGUUCAACGCGAAUGGGAUACCUGCGGUCAUCAACGCGAUCAACCACGCGGUCGCCUCUGGGAAGGUGGACGAGGACACUCUUGGCUUGAUAGGGCAGGGGGAGAACCUGCUUGCCAACCUUGCCACGCAUGCAGAAUGCCGUCCAUCAAUUUUGCAGUACCAAGGUGUUGAGAUGGUUCUGAAUAUAAUGGUAAAAUUUCAGAGCGAGGUUUUGCUGCUUGAGCACAGCAUGCGGAUCUUGUCCGGCCUCGCGAUGUCUAGCGAUAUCGUCAGACGCAUGAUCCAGAUGGGCUGCCUCGAAUCCAUCCUCAUCGCCAUGCGGGCAUACCACCAGUCCGCCCCUCUGCAGAUGCGAGGGUGCUACGCCCUAGGCAUGUUUGCAGCCUCCGACGCCACCAAGGUGCAGGUGCUCAACGCAGGCGGCGUGGGAGUACUGCUGAGCGCCAUGCACUACCACCCGAGCGACCCUCACACGCAGGAGCAGGCCUGUGCCGCCCUAGCCAUCCUAUGCGAGCUCGAGGACGCGAAGGCGCAUGUCGGCACCGCGUCCGUCGGCUCCGGGGACGAGAUCCAGACUGGCCCCAAGGUCCUGUACUGCUCCCUGCAGCAGAUGAGCUGCGCCAGCGCUGGCUCUGCUGUGAAGCAGUGCCUGAAGGUCAUCGCGGUUGCGGGGCUGGACUCGAGCGUGAAGCAGCUGCUCCUGGGCCUCGGCGUAUGCACUCACAUCGUCAGCGCGACGCUGCACUUCUCCCAGGAUAGCGGCAUCAUGUACUACGGCUUCAAGGCCUUUGUCUCGCUGUGCCAUGGCUCUUCCCCGCCCGACGAGGUUCACCUCGCGUGCGGUGACCUGCUCGAGCUCGUCGUGGCGACCAUGCGCGGGCUGCCAGACGACGUGCGGAUUCAGGAGUCUGGCUGCGAGGUGCUGGCGAUCCUCGCGCGGCUGGAGCAGCUGCAGCCGGCCAUCACCACGAGGGGCGGCAUAGCCGUGAUAUGCGAGGCGCUCAAGAGGCACGAGGCAGAGACCGGCAUCCAGCGAAAGGGGUGCCGUGCGCUUGCGAACAUGGCGGAGUGGGAGGCCACCCGUGUGGCGAUACGCAGCGAGGGCGGCAUCCCGCUCGUCAUCAACGGCAUGCGAUACCACGUCCAACACCCCGAGGUGGGCGAGCAGGGCUGCGCCGCGAUCGCCAACCUGGCCCUCGACGAUCAGAACAGGACCGAAGUGGCGAGGUCCGACGGCGUGAAGGCGUGCAUCGCGGGCCUGAAGCUGCACCAGAGCCACCCAGGCAUCCAGGCCUACGGCCUCGGCGCCCUCGGGAACCUUGCCGUGCAGGAGGACAACUGCUCCGCCAUCCUCAAGGCUGGCGCCAUAGAGAUGGUCAUCUACGCCAUGAAGACGUGGCCAGAAGACGCGCGGGUGCAGCACUUCGCGUGCCUGGCAUGCUCCAACUUCGCGCACGAUGACACCAACAAGGUUGCCAUCGGCAAGGUCGGUGGCGUGGGCUUCAUCGUUGGCGCCAUGAAGCGGCACGCCGACCACAUCGGCGUGCAGGAGCAGGGCUGUGGUGCGCUGGCGAACCUGGGCAUCCACAAGCAGAACAUGAUAGAGAUCGCCAACAACUCUGGCAUCGAGCUCGUGGUCCAGGCGCUCAGGACGCACUCUGGCGUCCAGACGGUGCAGGAGAACGCGUGCUUUGCGCUGUCCAAGUUCUUGACCAUGCCGAACGAGAACUUCAGGCAGCGCAUGAAGGCGGCUGGUGCUGAGCAGGCCCUGGAGCAGAUUAAGGAGAGCGAGCCCUCGUUCGACGUGCGCAUCUGCGCCACCGUGCUGCUGCGGCGCCUGGGCGAGGAGAGCAGGCCGCAGGCCCCCGCGCUGGGCGCCAGCCAGCGGGGCGGCCCGCUGGGCCCCCCCGCGGGCACCACGGGCCCCGGCGCGGGCGGCCCCGGCGUGGGCGGGCCCCCGAGCAUGGGCGGCGCUGGCAUGGGCAGCAUGGGCGGCCCUGGCGCGCCAGGGAUGAUGCCGCCGGGGAUGAUGCAGCUGGGUACGCAGUCGGGGAUGAUGCAGCAUGGCACGCAGCCAGGGAUGAUGCAGCCGGGCAUGAUGCAGCCUGGCAUGAUGCAACCUGGGAUGCUGCAGCAGGGCAUGAUGCAACAGGGCAUGCGUCCAGGUAUGAUGCAGCCGGGGAUGAUGCAGCCUGGCAUGAUGCAGCCGGGCAUGAUGCAGCCUGGCAUGAUGCAGCAGGGCAUGCGUCCAGGCAUGAUGCAGCCAGGCAUGAUGCAGCAGGGCAUGCGUCGAUGAUGUAGCUAGGGAUGAUGCAGCCUGGCAUGAUGCAGCGGGGCAUGAUGAAGCCUGGCAUGCGGCCUGGCAUUCUGCCAGGGAUGCAUCCAGGCGCAAUCAGUUGCAGUUUGACCGACUGCACUGAAAGCACACCCAGUCGCAGCUCGCCUGCUGCGGCCUGAGACGGGCAAUUGGCCGUCAGACCGCAGCUGGCGGACAACUGUGUUGGCGCGCGCGUGCGGCGAUGCUGCUCGCCCCAAAGGGCAGCAGAGCGCUGCAGGACCAGCCUCGGCAUGGCCCUCCGACUUGUAUCUGCUGAUCCCGUUUUAUUUUCUCCCUCUUCCUUCUGCCUCGAAUUCAUUUCGGCAUUUUCCAACCGAGGUGAAGCGCAGGCUUCAUCCGUGCCAGGGAUUCGUGAGGCAGAGGGCAGGAGGGAUAACAGAACAAUCACGCUGGUGCCGACUUCGUCUUGGGCGACCACGCAUGUGCGCGCACUUGAGCUUGUGCACAUGGUGUGCGUGUGCGCAAGCGCUUGUCCAGGGCGCCUCCCCGACCCCCCCCCCAUCUGGUGAGGUGGCCUCCACGGCUCCUGGCGCGGUCGACCCCCGCCCCGCGGGAGGA